AUGGUGACUGAUGUUCCUGCAUUCUCACUCAUCUUGGUCAGUGAGUUUCUCGUAAAUAUGGUGGAGCCAAGUUUGACACUUCAAAGUUGGCGAGACGCAGAUCUAGAUCACUCUGUUUUGAUUCUCACAUGCGGUCUUCGUGGUCAGUGGAAGGCCUUCUCAGUCAAAGACCUUUUCCAUUUCAAACUGGAUUCCAGGAUAGGAAGAGGACGAUAUUGUUCAGCAGCAUCUCAGAUUGCUAAGUUCUUUGGUCAUGAGGAACAAACCAACUUUGGUGAUCUGGUGGUGUGUCAGAUUCGUCGCAUCAUUAGCGAUUUGACCAAAGAUUCAGAUGUUGUCUUUCCAAACUUUAUCCAUCAAAUUAUGGAGUAUUCAGAAGGAUAUUAG